AUGGGGGAUGCAAUUGAUGGUGGUGCAUCUUUGGAUUAUGCUUCAAUUAAGAUUCUUCCUAAUCAAAACAGGUAUGAGGCAUAUGUCUGCAAGGGGAAUCAAUCCGAGAAAGUGGCAACUGGACAUUUGAAACAUUUAUUACCACAUAUUCCUGAAAUAAAUGAUUUACAUGCUAAAGGAUUUGAUGCAAACUUUGAUCUUAAAUUACCAAAAGAUCAGCAUGGUGCUGAAUGGUUUUCAAAAGCAACUGUAAAAUUUACUGGCUCUGAUAUUAUUUUGCCUCUCAGGUUCCUGCAUGUUGUUAGUUCACCAGAUUCAAUAGUUAUCAUCAAUUCUAUCUUGGAUGAGAUGUCUCAGUUGGAAGAUUCAAAAAAGUUCCAUGUUUCUUUAUAUGGCAAGGACGGUCAGGACCAUCUUGGAGGUGGUGAAAGAGAUGGUAACUGCAGCUCGAACGGUGAAGCACCAACUUCCACACCUGAAGUUAGCACUGUGUCAUCCGAUGCUUCAAAGAAUGAAUUGUUACGAGCAAUGGAUCUAAGACUCACAGCUUUGAGAAACAAGUUAGCGGAAACAUUUAACAAGGCUACAGAUGCUAAAUGCUCCCCUAAAGAUAUUACUUAUUUAGUGAAAUUCUCCCAUCAUUUUGGUGCCACUAAUUUAGAGCAUUCUUUGUGCAAGUUUAUAGAGCUGAACCGAAAGAGCCAGGAUGUUGGUACCUUGAACAAUGAAACUACCAUGCUCGUGUGUGAUGCAACUCAUGUGUUGCACAAUGAUGCAAGCAGAGCGUUUAAAGACCUUCAGAUAUCCAAACCUUUAACUUCCGAUGCACCAGUUAAGUAUGGUGUUUCACCAGCUAAAGCUGCUCAAGUUGAGAGACACAGUUCAACAGGAAGUGAGGGAUCUUCUGACUCAAGUGACGAGGACCAAACAUCUGCUGAGAGAAGUCGUUCCCUAGUAAGAUCUGUAACACCCAGAAGGUCAGCAUCUCCAAUGCGAAGGGUACAAAUAGGAAAAGCUGGGACCCGCAGAGCUGCUGCAUUAACUAUUAAGAGUCUCAAUUUUUUUCCAUCUAGAGAGAGACCAAUAUCUUAUAGAGAGGCUUUUGAAAAUGGUUGUGAAGGAGAAGUAUCAGAACUACCUCAGAAGAAGACAGAAAUUGAUGUAAGGAGGAUAACUGUGCAAGAUGCCAUCAGUCUUUUUGAAAGCAAACAGCAGGAUCAAUCUGGCGAUAUUCAAAAGAGGAAGUCAUUGGCAGAUGUGUCUCUUGUUGCAAAUAAAUCUGUCUUGAGAAGAUGGAGUGCAGGUAUGGGGGAAACCUCUGUUCAAGGCCAGCCAGAACUUGCUCCUGAAGAUCCUGUUACCGUGACUUCAAAUGAUGUGAUACAUGAUGAGACUCCUCCUAAGAAUUCUGAAGUAGAAAUGGUGUCUGAUUUUAUUUCUGAAAGUCACAAUAACAAUGAGAUCCCUGACUGCGAUGUAAAACCUGAAAGACAUGAAAACAUAGAUUCUUAUUCUGCAGAUAAUCAAGAAGAAACCGGUUCAAAACCAAGAGACGAAACUAUCAAAAAGUUAGCAGCUUCAGCGGAAUGGAAUCAACGAAAGCAAGCAGAGUUCAACCAGAUUCUUAAAAAAAUGGUUGAAAGUAAGCCUGUUUUAUUUGGAAAGUCCCAGCCCAGUAGAAACCAGAAAAUUUCAUCUGAGCAAAGAGGACGGUCUUAUGAUCAUUAUAAAGAGAAAAGGGAUGCGAAACUCCGAGGAGAGAAGGUUGGAAAACGAGUAGAAAAAGAAGCACAGAUUCACGAAAUGCAAAAGUUUGUUGAUAAGAGGAAGGCUGAAAUGCCAAAAAAUGUGAGUGCAAGUAAAAAAAGUUCUACAAGGUUACCUCAAAAACCUCUUAGAAAUUCAACUCAACCUUCAAAUUCCCCAAAGGAAACCCCUAAACCCCCGGUUACAAAAAAAACUUCAGCUAGAUCAUCAUCAAUGCCUGCUACUCGUAAGUCUUGGUCAGCAACACCUUCACCAAAGACUGGUGGGACUCCCCCUGCUAUGGGUCGUGGUGGGACUUCAUCUGCUAGCAGCACCCCAACACGUCGGAAGCCAGUGUCAACAGCAUCUGUUCCUCAACCAAGCCCACAAAUGGAAAAAUCUCAACAGGGAAUCAGAAAUGAGAAAGAAAUGCAGACAAACAGGAACCUCAAAAGCACAAAGGAGAAGUGGCAGACAAGUGUUCCAAACAAGAGCAAUGCAAUCAAAGCAAAAGUGACAUCAGAUUCUGGAGAAACUGUUCCUUCAAAGACUAGAUUAGCUAACAAGGGAACCAAGAAAAGCAGUGUAGUUCCAUUGGAAUCAAAGCCAUUUCUACGCAAGGGUUCUCGAAUGGGGAAUAGUACUAGUGAUCCUAACAAGAAAAAAAGUCCUCCUAAGGUGGACAACUCUCUCAGAGAUGGUGAAGAUCGUAUUGAGGAUCAAGAAAUUGAGUUGGUUGUCAAUGCUUCUGACUCGGCCAGUCGGCAUUCAGACGGAGACACUACGACUCCUAGUCAUCAUAAUGCUGCUACAGAAUCAGACCCUCAGAAUCAGAUAAAUAACCAUUUAUUAUGUGGUGAGACAGAAAACUUAAAUGGGGAUUCUAGUGCUGGUGGUGAUGUCUUAACAUAUAUAGAAGAAUCUUCCUUGAAUGUAAGGAAUGAAGAAGAAUCAACCAUAUCACCUUCAGCCUGGGUGGAGACAGAAGAGGAUCCGGAGCUGCCCAAGCCAUGUGAGGAUGACACAUUUCAGCCUGCAUCUCUGGCCAAUGCUGCACCAGCAGGGUCAACUAGUCCUCGUGUUCGCCAUUCUCUAUCACAGAUGCUUCAAGAAGAAAUUAGUGAACCUGACAUUGGUGAGUGGGGAAAUGCUGAGAAUCCUCCUGUCAUGCUAUACCAAAAAGAUGCUCCCAAAGGAGAAGAUGACGUUGAGGAGUUUAAAAAUUCUAAUAAAAGGAAUGCUGACAAUCUACUGAGAAAGGCUGCACUCAAUGCGAAAAGCUAUGGACAACCAAAAAGUUCAGCACAUGAAGGAUAUGAUUAUUUAGCAAGAGAUGAUGCCAAGGGUUCCCACAAGAUGCAAGGCAGCCGUGAUUCAGGUGCUGCCACAAGAGGUCAGUUGUCACUCCAUGACAGACUAAGAGUUGUAAUGAUUUUAGUUCUCUUUAUGCUUUGGAAUUAUGCAUCUUUCUUUUCUGACUAG